AUGAUAAAAGGCGGGUUUCCGGUGAGAUAUUUGGGAGUUCUUCUUAUAAAUAAGAGGCUUAUAGUAGUAGACUGUGAAGGUUUGGUGGCAAAGUUCACUUCUCGGAUUGAUUCUUGGUGUGCCAAGCAUUUAUCUUUUGCAGGGAGGUUACAACUAAUUUCCUUGGUACUUUUCAGCCAUCAAGUCUUCUGGUCUAGUAUUUUUAUACUUCCCAAAGCAGUGAUUCGGUUGUUGGAGCAGAAACUAAACCGUUUCUUGUGGGGAGGAAGUAAUGAGAAUGCUAAGGCUAAGGUUGCAUGGGAGAAGGUUUGUGUUCCGAAAAAGGAAGGAGGCUUGAGGUUUAAGAGGUUAAAUGUUUGGAAUCAGGCGGCUAUGCUUAGGCAUAUUUGGAACCUCUUUGCUCAGGCAGGUUCACUUUGGGUGGCAUGGGUGGAUCAAAAUUGGUUGAAGGGGAGGAGUUUUUGGCAAAUUCCUGUUCCUCAAUCCUGCUCUUGGAGUUGGAAGCAAAUUCUCAAACUUAGAGAGGUGGCUAAGAGGUUUUUGAAGUUUAAAGUGGGAGAUGGCAACCGAAUAUUUCUUUGGCUAGAUGACUGGCAACUGGAUGGGUGUCUCCUAGACAAGUAUGGCUAUAGGGUUGUGUAUGAUGCAGGGAGCUCAAUUGAUGCCAAGUUGUCGACUAUUAUUUGUAAUGGGGAGUGGUAUUGGCCUUAUGCUAGAUCUGAUCGAAUUGAUGAUAUACAGAGCAAACUAUUGGAGGUAGAGAUUGGUAAUUCUGAUUUUCCUAUUUGGAGACGUAAGAAAGGGAGAUAUACUUGUGCAGAGACAUGGGAUGCUUGA